UUCACUAACACGGAGCAGAGAUGGCGCAGAAAGGAGUUGAACUGGAUCAAAAAACCUUUUCUUGUUCCGUCUGUCUGGAUCUUCUGAAGGAUCCGGUGGCUAUUCCCUGUGGACACAGCUACUGCAUGAACUGUAUUGAAAACCACUUUGAUGAGGAGGACAAGAAGAAAAUUCACAGGUGUCCUGAAUGCAGACAACUCUUCCCAUCGAGGCCUGUCCUGGUGAAAAACACCAUGUUGGCAGUUUUAGUGGAGCAGCUGAAGAAGACUGGACUCCAAGCUGCUCCUGAUGAUCACUGCUAUGCUGGACCUGAAGAUGUGGCCUGUGAUUUCUGCACUGGAAGAAAACUGAAAGCCUUCAAGUCCUGUUUAUUCUGUCUGGCAUCUUACUGUGAGAAACACCUUGAACCGCACUAUAAGUCACCUACAUUUAAACAACACAAGCUGGUGGAUCCCUCCAAGAAGCUCCAGGAGAACAUCUGCUCUCGUCAUGAUGAGGUGAUGAAGAUGUUCUGUCGUACUGAUCAGCAGAGUAUCUGUUAUCUCUGCUCUGUGGAGGAACAUAAAGGCCACGACACAGUCUCAGCUGCAGCAGAAAGGACUGAGAGGCAGAGAGAGGUGGAGGUGAGACGACAAAACAUCCAGCAGAUGAUCCAGGACAAAGAGAAAGAUGUGAAGCUGCUUCAACAGGAGCUGAAGGCCAUCGCUCACUCUGCUGAUAAAACAGUGAAGGACAGUCAGGAGAUUUCCAGACAGCUUAUCCGUCUCCUCCAGGAAAGAAGUUCUGAUGUGGAGCAGCAGGUCAGAUCCCAGCAGGAAACUGAAGAGGGUCGAGUCAAAGAGUUUCAGAAGAAGCUAGAGCAGGAGAUCACUGAGCUGAAGAGGGAAGACGCUGAGCUGAAGCAGCUCUCAGACAUAGAGGAUCACAACCAGUUUCUACACAACCACCCCUCACUGUCACCACUCAGUCAAUCUACACACUCAUCCAGCAUCAAUAUCUGUCCUCUGAGGAAUGUUGAGGAUGUGACAGUAGCUGUGACAGAGCUCAGAAAGAAACUACAGGACAUUCUGAGAGAGGCAUGGACAAACAUCUCACUGACAGUGGCUGAAGUGGACGUUUUACUGCCACAACCAGAGCCAAAGACCAGAGAUAAAUUCUUAAAUUAUUCAUGUGAAAUCACACUGGAUCCAAACACAGUACACAGAAAUCUGGUACUGUCUGAGGGAAAGAAAAAAGUAACAUUUUUUAAUCAAAAAAAGAGAUAUUCAGAUCAUCCAGAGAGAUUUACUGAUUGUCGUCAGGUCCUGAGUAGAGAGAGUCUGACUAGACGUUGUUACUGGGAGGUGGAGUGGAGUGUAGGUGGAGUUGGUGUAGCAGUCACAUACAAGAAUAUCAGCAGAGCAGGAAAUAAAAGUGGAUUUGGAUGUAGUGAUAAAUCUUGGACAUUAGACUGUUCCCUGGACAGUUAUACAUUUUGGCACAACAAUAUCCAAACUCCCAUCUCAGCUCGUCCUUCCUCCAGAGUAGGAGUGUACCUGGAUCACAGAGCAGGUAUUCUGUCCUUCUACAGCGUCUCUGAAACCAUGACUCUCCUCCACAGAGUCCAGACCACAUUCACUCAGCCGCUCUAUGCUGGACUCUGGAUUGGUUUUGGAACUUCUGCCGAGUUCAUUAAACUCAACAUCCUGGUCACUGGUCAGCUAGCCCCAGGACUCUCCAAUAACCACCGCUCUGACUCUGGUCUCCAUGACAAGGGUGAUCCCAGCUACGACUCCUGUCUCCACCACGAGGAUGAGCACCACUCCGGCUCCUGUCUCCGCUCCUGUUCCCACCAUAAGGGUGGCCACUGGCUCUGCUCCAGUCCCCUCAGCGCAGGUGCCUGCCCCCCUGGUCGUCUCAGCACCAUUGCCUGCUCACCGGGUCAUCUUAGUGCCAGUCCCGGCUCACGUCUCUGUUCCCAAUCCGGCUUCUCCUGCCCACAUCUGAACUUCCAAGCUGGCUGCACCUGUUCCCGACUGUCUUACAGAGCAGCCCGCCAUGCCUUCUCGGCCUCCCGGUCGUCCUCCAGAGCGGACCGCCACAUCUUUUCGGCCUCCCAGUCACCCUCCGGAGCGGCCUGCUACAUCUUUUCAGCUUCCCGGUCGCGCUUGAGAACUAAAAGAAAAAUCUUGUCUGAGUCACUGACACUGAGAGCAGAGAUGGCGCAGAAAGGAGUUGAACUGGAUCGAGAAACCUUUUCCUGUUCCAUCUGUCUGGAUCUACUGAAGGAUCCGGUGACUAUUCCCUGUGGACACAGCUACUGCAUGAACUGUAUUAAAAGGCACUUUGAUGAAGAGGACAAGAAGAAAAUCCACAGCUGUCCUGAGUGCAGAGAACUCUUCCCAUUGAGGCCUGUCCUGGUGAAAAACACCAUGUUAGCAGUUUUAGUGGAGCAGCUGAAGAAGACUGGACUCCAAGCUGCUCCUGCUGAUCACUGCUAUGCUGGACCUGAAGAUGUGGCAUGUGAUGUCUGCACUGAAAGAAAACUGAAAGCCUUCAAGUCCUGUUUAUUCUGUCUGGCAUCUUACUGUGAGAAACACCUUGAACCUCACUAUAAGUCACCUACAUUUAAACAACACAAGCUGGUGGAUCCCUCCAAGAAGCUCCAGGAGAACAUCUGCUCUCGUCAUGAUGAGGUGAUGAAGAUGUUCUGUCGUACUGAUCAGCAGAGUAUCUGUUAUCUCUGCUCUGUGGAUGAACAUAAAGGCCACCACACAGUCUCAGCUGCAGCAGAAAGGACUGAGAGGCAGAGAGAGGUGGAGGUGAGACGACAAAACAUCCAGCAGAUGAUCCAGGACAAAGAGAAUGAUGUGAAGCUGCUUCAACAGGAGCUGAAGACCAUCACUCACUCUGCUGAUAAAACAGUGAAGGACAGUCAGGAGAUGUUCACUGACAUGAUUCGUCUCCUCCAAAAAAGAAGCUCUGAUGUGGAGCAGCAGGUCAGAUCCCAGCAGGAAACUGAAGAGAGUCGAGUCAAAGAGGUUAAAGAGAAGCUGCAGCAGGAGAUCACUGAGCUGAAGAGGGAAGACGCUGAGCUGAAGCAGCUCUCAAACACAGAGGAUCACAACCAGUUUCUACACAACUACCCCUCACCGUCACCACUCAGUCAAUCUACACACUCAUCCAGCAUCAAUAUCCAUCCUCUAAGGAACUUUGAUGACGUGAAGGCAGCUGUGACAGAGCUCAGAAAAAAACUAGAGGACAUUCUGAGAGAGAAGAGGACAAACAUCUCACUGACAGUGACUGAAGUAGAUGUUUUACAGCCACAACCAGAGGCAAAAACCAGAGAUGAAAUCCCAGGUCUUUUAUUAUGGUCCAAAGGCUCCCAACCAGAGCCAAAGACCAGAGAUGAAUUCUUAAAGUAUUCAUGUGAAAUCACACUGGAUCCAAAUACAGUAAACCCAAAUCUUGUACUGUCUGAGAGAAACAGAAAAGUAACAUUUGUGUUCCAACGACAGUCUUAUUCUGAUCAUCCAGACAGAUUCACUGAUUGUUCUCAGGUCCUGAGUAGAGAGAGUCUGACUGGAUGUUGUUACUGGGAGGUGGCGUGGAGUGGGAAACUUGAUGUAGUAGUCACAUACAAGAAUAUCAGCAGAUCAGGGGAUGAAAGUGGAUUUGGACGUAAUGACAAAUCUUGGGCAUUACGUUCUUACAAUAACAGUUCUACAUUUUGGCACAACAACAUCAAAACUCCCAUCUCAGCUCCUCCUUCCUCCAGAGUAGGAGUGUACCUGGAUCACAGAGCAGGUAUUCUGUCCUUCUACAGCGUCUCUGAAACCAUGACUCUCCUCCACAGAGUCCAGACCACAUUCACUCAGCCGCUCUAUGCUGGACUCAGGAUUUAUUAUUGGUUUAAUGGAUCCAGUGCUGAGUUGAUUAAAGUGAAGUAGACAGAGGUAACUUCAGGACCAGACAGUUAAAUCCUGUGUUUCUCUUCAUCAACUUGUUUUCUCUCCAU